CCAACGCUUGGACGCACCUUCGCCAUUCACUCGCUCACCCGCGCGUGAGACAAACUUCACAAGGAGUGCUCUCUUUUGUUUGCUUCUGGCCGCUGUCGGCCUCUUCCUUCUCGGCUACGGAAUAAAGAGGCCGCUCUUAUUCCCUGCGCUCCGCGACAAGCGAACCUCCCACCUCGCGUCAUAAUUAGCGCUGUGCGAGGAAAAAGAAGCGAGAAGCGGACAAAAAGGCUUCGCUUUUGUCGCUAUGGCGUUGGCUCUUGCGUCCAAGGUCCGUCCUUCCUUCCUUCCCCUACCCUCCUUUUAACUGUGUACCUGCUUUGGCUUCUGAGGUGGGAAGUGGGAACUUGUGUGGCUCCGGAGGCGGGAGGGAGACUCGUUGCGCUUCUUAUCGGAUCGGCUGUGGAGAUAAACGUGUUUCUAGCAUCCAAGGCCUCUUGCUGUCUGGAUCCCCCGCGGGAGGUUUGAUGGCGAAAGGAAAGGAGACUCCUUUAUAAACUUAUGGUGCCUUUGAUGGGCAACGUGGCCCAGGACGAUGGGUCGUCGUCGGUGACUUCAUCGCCGCUCAAGAGCUUCUCGCUGAUGUCUCUUUCGCCGCCGGCGCUGUUGCCGUGGCCGCCGGCGCUGCGGGAGCUCAAGUCCGACGAGCGCGGACUAUGCCUCAUCCACCUUCUCCUCAACUGCGCCAACCACGUCGCCGCGGGCAGCCUCGACCGCGCCAACGCCUUCCUGGAGCAGAUCGCGCUGCUCGCCGUCCCCGAUGGCGACGCCAUGCAGCGCAUCGCCUCCCACUUCACGGAGGCGCUGGCGCGCCGCGCCAUCCGCAUGUGGCCGGGGCUCUACCACGCCCUCGACUCCGCCCGCGCGGUGGUCCUGCCCCUCGCGGAAGCCGCCGUCGCCCGACGCCACUUCCUCGACCUCUGCCCCUUCCUCCGCCUCUCCUUCGUCGUCGCCAAUCAGGCGAUCAUGGAGGCGAUGGAGGGCGAGAAGGUUGUCCACAUCGUCGACCUCAAUGCCUCCGACCCGACCCCGUGGCUCGCGCUCCUCCAGGGGCUGAGGGCGCGGCCAGAGGGGCCACCUCACCUCAAGCUCACCGCCGUCCACGAGCAUCGGGAGCUUCUCAACCACACCGCCAUCCGCCUCUCCGAGGAGGCCGAGCGGCUCGAUAUUCCUUUCCAAUUCAACCCCGUGGUGAGCAAAUUGGACAACCUCGACGUCGAGAGCCUCCGCAUUAAAACAGGGGAGGCGCUGGCCAUCACCGCCGUCCUCCAGCUCCACACCCUGCUCGCCACCAACGACCCGGCCGACGUCCGGAAGGCGGCCCAACGAGCCCCACCGGCCGGAAUCACCCAACAGCUAUCCCUAGGCGAUUACCUCGACAAGGACCACGGGGCGAACGGGCACAGCCCAAGCGCGGACUCGGUACUAUCCUCGCCAUUCGCCUCGACGUCGCCGGCGCGUAUCGAUAGCUUCCUGGCGGCGCUGUGGGGGCUGUCGCCGAAGCUGAUGGUGGUGAUGGAGCAGGAGUCGAACCACAACAGCGCGGCGCUGACGGAACGGUUCGUGGAGGCGCUAUUCUACUACGCGGCGCUGUUCGACUGCCUCGACUCGACUGUCCCCCGGCAGUCCGUGGAGCGGCUGCGGCUGGAGAAGAUGCUGCUGGGGGAGGAGAUCAAGAACAUCAUCGCGUGCGAGGGGUGGGAGAGGAAGGAGCGGCACGAGAAGCUGGAGCAGUGGGCGCGGCGCCUCAACGCCGCGGGCUUCGCCUCGGUGCCGCUCGGUUACUACGCGCUCCUGCAGGCCCGCCGCCUGCUGCAGGGCUUCGGGUGCGACGGCUACAAGGUACGGGAGGAGGGCGGCGGCCGCCUCAUGAUGUGCUGGCAGGACCGGCCGCUCUUCUCGGUGUCGGCAUGGCGAUGCUAGCGGUGCGAUUGACUCAAAUUUGUCAUCUUCUUUUUCCGUUUUCAUUUGUGUUUUUUUUGCAUGUAGAUAAUCUUUUUGGCCCUGCGAAAUCCACAAACUAUUUGGAACAAGAAUGCCUUUUGUUUUUCCCUCCA